GUAUAUACCGGCAUUUUGAAUAGAAUGACGAAAAAGUACGAUUUGGUCACGUUGUAUUACAAAGGACAUGCUCCCAUAAAGAAACAAGACAACUCUUUUUUCUUAUGCUUAUACACAAUGCUGUUUGUCCUGUUUAUUAUGGUGGGAAUUUUGCUAGUUUCUAGCUUCCUCAAUGUAAAACACGAGAAAAGCAUUACAGUUAACAACAACAAACCGCAGUAUUUGAAGAAAACAGUUUCUUCUACAUCCAAGCCAAUUACAACUACAUCCAAACCAAUUACAACUACUUCAACAGCACCAAUUAUUGAGGCUAACUUUUAUGAAGAAACUGCAAAACCAGUUAUCGACUGGAAUAAGGUUGGAGACUUCUUUUUUGGCCCCGAAGAAACCACUGAAGCCACAGAAAAAUCACCAAAAUCCCAAUCUACAACCAAGAGACCUCCACUAAGUGAAACUAAUAACUCUCAAAUGAAUCAUUUUCAACCUACCAAAAAAGAGGUAUCAACUUCAACACCUUCUCAGCUACAAAAGAAACCAACAGGAAACCUUUUCAUAGCCACCUCAACACAAAGUAUAACCCAAGAUCUACCAAAAAGUAAUACGCCAUCUACAUUUCUAGAACAAAGCUUCCCUGAUACAGAGUUCAAUUCAACAUCAAAGAAAGACCUGAACCCAAUCGAACAAAGCUUCGAUGAGUGGCCCAAAUCUGAAGGUACUACACCUCUCCAAAAAAAAAAUCCUAACGAGGAGGUGGAAUCCAUACAAAUAAGUCAAAACUUGACUUUUGGCAACCGGACAGCCAAUUUUAUAGUGCAGAAAGAUUGUGGAUCCACCAGAUGUGGUUUAGCAGCCUCGAAAAUAAUAAGUUCAAUCGAUCUGUUUGUCGAACCUUGCAGUGACUUUUACAGGUUUGCCUGUGGUGGUUCCGUAAGCAAGAUACAGAUGGAACCGGAACUUGUGUAUGAGGAGCCAACUACUGCCUCAGUUUUUUACAAAUCUUGCUUGAAACAUGAGUCGCAUUUUAAUUAUCGUGAGAGAAUCCGAAGAACGAAAAAGGUGUUGAGUGGUAUUAAAAUCUUUAAAUUUUACAAAGAAGAGGAAGAAGCUGAUUUAACUGAUGUUAUUGGAAGUUUAGUGCUGUUAGAUGCAAUGCCUCUGUUCAACAUCGACAUCGAUGUAAGCAAUUCAAAAUUUAUCCUGAAGAUGUUACCUCCCGAUCAACGAUUCAAAAGUAAAUAUUGGUCUCCCUUGACAGAAACCAGAAAAAACUGUUUGAGGAGUGUACAAGCUGAUGUUACGUCUUCUCCUUUGGACAUAACACUUUUAUACUAUGAUUACGAAGAGUGUCAACGAACCAGUAACGAUUAUUUCAAAUCACUUGAAACUGCUAUGGGAGAUUUGGGAAAUUUUGGUAACUUGACCAAUGAGCAAAUAGAAAAAUGUAUUGAUGAAACUGUAGAUUUUCUCCGAAAAGAUUUAUUACCAAUAUUGAAUGAAAUGCACUCGGUUUCUGACCUUCAAGAGAAAAUUGUAAAUUUACAAUACGUCAAUAUGAAUAUAAAAGAUAUACAAAAACAAUUUCCUUUUUUUGAUUGGUACAAAUUAUUGGAAAACAUCAGUGCCAAACAAAUUAAAUCUUCAACAACCAUACAAGUAUACGAUAAAACAUAUUUUGAUAUUUUAUUCAGAAAACUUUCUUUGUUUGAUAUGAAGAAAUUGAUCAAUGGCUUUAUAGCUAUGCUAGGUGAAAAAUAUUACCAAGAGUUGGUCCUUCCAACACCUAUACAUUCUAGACCCAAAUAUUGCAGUAAAUUGACUCAAGAGCUAUUUCCCGAUAUUUCAAACUACUUAAUUCGAAAAGUCAGGGUUAAUGAAGAUUUCGCUGAUAAAGAAAACUAUAUACUCGAUUCAUUCCAAACUAUGAAGCAUGAUUACCAAAAUAUCUUGAAUAAUUUAAAAUGGUUGGAUGAUCUAUCUAGAAAUUCAAUGUUGAACAAAUUGAAAGAUUUGAAACUGGAAACUUAUCAGAUCAAUACAGAGAACGAAUCAAUGUGUUUACAUAAACAUUAUUCAAGGUUAAAUUUGAAAGAGGAUGAUUAUAGUUUUAACUAUAACACUGCAACACAAUUCAGAAGGAACACAGUUUUUUCUCUUGUCGAUGAAUCUAUAACAUCUGAGAAGAUUUUUAGGAAUUUUAUGGAUAAUCAAAAGACUGAACCAGUGGUUUUUUACGAUCACCACGUUGCUUACAUACCAGAUGGCCUAAUAGAUGAUACUUUUGUGGAUUUACCCAAGUACUUGAUAUUAGCAAGAAUCGGUUUUCCUUUAGCAAAAAUAAUCGGACAUGCAUUUGAUCCAAUUGGCAUCAAGUUUGGUUUGAAAUUAAGUGAUAAUGUCAGUUCACUAUACAACAAAUUCGUGCAAGAAUCAAGAAGAAUUUUACCACACCAUUUCAAUUUUAAUCAGUUAGAAUUGGUGUUUGGAUUAAAUAGCGGUGUAUCAAACGUGGAAAGAGUUGCUGAAAAUGCAGCUAUGGCUUUAUUAACUGAUUCAAUUGAUGAAAUGCAGCAUCAGCCUUUGCUACCUUGGGUUUCAUUGAAAUAUUCAAGAGAGAAGAUAUUCUUUAUUGCAUUGGUGCAGGAGUUUUGCAGCGACAUAACCUUGAUGGAAUUUGUGGUUCAAGCACAUGAAAAUCCAAUUCUUCCAACUCAGUUUCUUGUACAAAAUAUCCUGCAGAAUUCUGAUGAGUUCAAGGCACAGUUCAGCUGUCCAACUACUACAAAAUUACCCCAGUUGCAAUUUCCUUACUUGUCUGUUCUCACAUCGAAAUUCAACGAUAAAAUUACUUGAAGAAAAAUAAUUUUUUAUAUUUAAUAAGACUGUUGAAUUUGUCAAUAAAUUGUUUAUAUAACAACAAU